AUGUAUCUACAUAUUAAUAAACUUUUUGGCCCCAUUCCUCCUGAGUUGGGGAAAUUGACAUCGCUCCAGGACUUGGAAUUGAGCAUGAAUCAGCUCACGGGUCAAAUUCCAACUUCAUUGAGUGGACUAACUAGUUUAAGAAUUCUGUAUCUCCAUAAUAAUCAACUUUCUGGUCCCAUUCCUUGUGAGUUGGGGAAGUUGACAUCACUUCAGAAGCUAGGAUUGGGGAGCAUUCCCCCAGAAUUUGGAAGUUUAAGUCAACUGCAAGUACUUGAUCUUUCUUCAAACAAGUUGCAUGGAGAGAUCUCGAAGGAAAUUGGAAAGUUAAGUUUACUUCUAAAUCUAUAUUUAGAGGAUAAACAACUUUCUAGAGGUAUACCUAAAGCAUUGGGAUCGCUUUCAUAUCUAGAAAACCUUGACCUUUCUAGAAACAGACUGAUAGGUCAGAUAUCGGGAAAUUUAGCGAACUCUGAGCAGUUGCAUUACUUGAAUUUGAGCUUCAACUAUUUAAGCCAAAGAAUCCCUCAUCAGCUUGGACUUAUUCCUAAGAGUUUUGAAGAAAUGCCAAGCUCGGUGGACAUUGAUAUAUCUUAUAAUUUGGAGGGUCCAGUUCCUAGCGGCAGAGCCUUUCAAAAUGUCUCUAUAGAACAACUACAAGGGAACAAGGGUGUGGUAAUAUUGCAGGAUUACAACCAUGUAAAACCCUUCCCGAUUAAAAACAAGAAGAUGUGGAAUGAGCACAGGCCCAUUUUGACAAUUGCAACCCCUCUUCUUUGUGCUUUACUUCUAUUUGCAUUCAUCAAGAUCCUCAUCCUGUAUAAAUGCAGAACGAAGAAUCCAAUGAAUGUAGAUGAUGAUUUGCUCACCAUACUCAAUGGAAAACUCAGGUAUAAAGACAUCUAA